AAACAAUUUGUCGUAGAAGAAGAAAAAAGACGGAAGUACUUCAUGUCAUCUAGCGUUACUGAAGUUCAAUGAAUAUUUAAUGCUCAUUUACAACGCUAACAUGCUUUCUCUUAAUAGCAUGUUUAGGGCACGAGUUUGUUUCAUUACUAACUCUUUGAGUUCCGCACGCAGUGCUGGCACUCGACCUAAAGCCCCGUGGUGCCUGUCAGGAUUCGGACAACCGAGGGGAAAUCACCUCCAUGUUGUUAGAAGGUCGCCGCUUAACCUGAAAAUCAAGGUGCAGUCUCUCACGCCAUCGUCAUAUCUUUCUACCUGCGCUCAAUCUGAAGAUGGGAAUCUUAUUUACACAGGCAGUCUGGGAACCGCAGUUCGUGGGGUGAAGUUCUUCUCUUACAGCACAAGCGCGGCCAGUCUCUUUCUCAUGCCACAGAUCCUCUUGAAAACUGGAAUCGGCGUCCAGAGCCUUGCCCUCCAAGUGGUUUUCUGCGGCAUUAUCGGCUGCUUCACCUUCCUUACCCCAUUGUUCCUCCACCUUCUUACCAAGGGUUACGUCAUUCGUCUGUACCACAACCCGGAGCGGGACACCUAUACCGCAAUAACCUACAGCGUCUUCCUGACUGAGCUAAGGACAGUCUUUCAUCAGAAGCAGGUCAGUAUACCAGCUGUCAGCAAGAUGUUCACCACCUUCUACGCCAACAACACGGGGAUGCUGGUGAACCCCGAUAUGUUCUCCCUGCCUCAGGACUACAAUCACCUGAUGGGCUAUGAUAAGCCUUUCACUUUAAAAGCAGAAUACAUGGACAGACCGUGAUCUAAAAUCAUUUCAAUACACGCAUUUUGUCACUCGCCUGUCGCAAAAUGCUUUUUUUCUCUCGUUAUUUUUCUCUUCUGUCUGCUUUUUUCCUUUCUGUCCCCCCGUAAUCCCUUCCUGUUCAAGAUGUAAAUGUAAAAAAAAAAGCAACAACCCAUGAUUAAAAUUGUAAUAUUACAGGGUACCCGCGGGUUAUGAAAAGUAUUAAAAAAGCAUUGAAUUUAGUUUUCCAUUAUUAAAGGUAUUCAAAGUAUUAAAUUAGCUGUCGUAAGUCUGGAAUUUUUUCACCGUGGUUUUAAUUUUGAAGAACUUUUGAAGAAUUUUUGAAGAAGUUUUUUUUUUUUAAUCCAUAACGAAGAUGACGCGUAGAAUUUUUACGAUGCACUGCACUACAAAUCAUAAUGCACUUCGUGUGUGCGUGCUGUUAGCAUCAUUAGCAUCAACAUCACAACAGCAGGCAAUCGCACAGUACCGAGUACUAGCGUAAGGAACUGCUCAGAUGCCUUAGGUGUUAUGUUCGACGAAAGCCUCAAGACAACCAAGUCCAAACAGUUGGGCCAGCAUGUGAGGUAUUGGAUCGGCGACCAAGUCACAUCCAGAUACUUUGGGUUGCAGUUUAUGGGUCAUGCGAAAGCAGUGGACCUGCUUAACAUUUCAAAGUAAGUUGCCAAUUUCUCCAAUUAAAAUGUGUUAGAUGCAAAAAUGUAUUUCUGCACUGUUUCCCUUUCGAAUGAAUGUGAAUUUCGUAGUUUUAACUCAAGAGUUAGCCAUGUUCAAUGGGGUGUUGGCAGGUGCACUAGCCUUAGCAUGGAUAAACCGGAGUCGUAGAUCCACCAUCACCCCUCAGAUACACAACACAGUUGACACAAUUGUUGGAACGAGAGCGGGGUAACGUUGAUCUGAAUAACAUGGCAUGGUGAUAGGCAAAUUAUAAUGUAGGUGAUAGUAAAACACCUCCUGGUAUAUUUAAAUGUUUUUCUUGAUUGAAUAAGAGUAUGGAUUUUCUCUAUCUGAUUAAAAGAAAUGUCUUCAAUAGCUAACAAAGGAUUAACAUGUGUCUUGUAAUGUGAUUAGAAAAAAAAAUUACCAAGGGAAAUGGUCAUGUGUAGCUUUUUUAUUUUGUGGUAAUUAAUGGUAAACUACUGCCAUUAAGUGGCUGCUUUUUAAACUUUCACUGCCAAUUGCAAGAUUUUCCCAAGCACUUUUACAGUUAAGGUGACCAACUAGACAAUCACCAACCUACCACCUUGACUAGGUCCUCUUAAAAGGGAAACCUGUUGUAUUGCAAAUGUAAUUUCGGAAGUUGCUUUACAAAAAUAGUGUAAAAUCCAUUUUAUCCUGGGGAAAAAAAUCUGAAAGACCUUAUAUUUAAAUGUGUUUUAAUUGUAUCGUCAGUAAAUGUGCAUUCUUUUGUCAAACACACUUGAUAAUUGAGGUUAAAUAUGAUUCAAUAUUAUCUAAAUAAUUGGUGCGAAAAAAGUAUUAAUUUUCAGUUGAAAUGGCAUUAAAAAAGGUCUUAAAAGCCUUGAAUUUAGAUUUAUCAAUCUGGGGGGACCCUGUAUUACAAGAUUAAUGACGUAAAAAGACAAUGGUUUUAUAUAAAAUUGAUGUCCAUCGUUUGUGCUACAUUUGUGCUGUAAAAAGCAUUUUUAAAAUAUUUACUUUUUUUUCAUAGCUCAAUCUGUGGUCAGCCAGCCCCCCAUUUUGAUCAAAAAAACCUGCUAAUUAUGUUACUUUUAUACUUUGUUUGUGCUGUAAAAAGUUUUAUGUGUAUUGCUAUCGUUUUUGAGAUAGUAAUCCAACGCUAAUACGCUCAUCAAACUUCGCACCCUCAGUCUAUCGUUUUUUUCCAAUUACCGUAAUUUUCGCACAAUAAGGCGCACCUGACUAUAAGCCGCGACCCAUCAAAUUUGGCACGAAAACGGCAUUUGUUCAUAGAUAAGCAGCACUGGACUAUAAGCUGCCGCUGUCCUCACGGUAUUAUGUGAUAUUUACACCAAAGGAAAUUAACCGGUAACACUUUAUUUGACAGCGGCACAUACGACUGUCAUAAGACCAAAUGAACCACCAUGAAGCUUUGCAGUCAAUUGGUUCCAAGCUUCAUUCUAGGGCUGCAGCCAUCGGUUAUUUUAGUAGCUGAUUAAUCAAUGAAUUAGUUAGGUCGAGUAAUCGAAUAAGUAAUAUAGAAAAAUUAAAAUAACUGAGCGUCAAACGGUAUGGGGAAAAAAAAUAAUUAAAUGAGGAUCUAUGUGCAACAAAAGAACAAUUGGCUCACUUACAUAGCAAAAGUCCACUAGCUUAAGUGCUAUAAAAUGCUAACUUUUUUAAAAAAUUAUUUUACAAUACCCUUAACAAAUUCAGACACAUAUUCCCACAGAAACUUGCUAACUAUACCUAUAAAUUAUGAAUUCAUCAAAAAAACAUUAGCUUCAACAAAAUCUUCGCUGAUGCUAGUCUUAACAGGGAGCAGCUGAAUUCAGCCAUGUGAAUCGAGGCAGACUAGAGGGCAGUGUAUCUACCCAAAUCAAUAAAAACUAAAUGCAAACACUUUCAAAACAAACCAUUACAACGCCACUUUAUUAAAACGAAUACCCGAAGCAGCAAAUUUGAUUCGGAUCUUUUUUUUCUAAUCGUAUACUCGAGUUAAUCGAUUAAUCGUUGCAGCACUACUUCAUUCCUUCAAUAAGCUUUAUUUGGCCAUCACUGCUCCCUUAGGGGAGACAUAAAACCACUGCUGCCAGCUGCUGUCAACACUGUUGUUUUCCAACAUGCCUCCUAGCAUGCAUUGCAGCGCUACAGAUGUAAAUAAUAAUCCAAAUUCAUAUUCUUAGCUAAAUAUUUUUUCAGUUACUCUUCUAGUUGUUUCAUUAAUUUCUACUUAUGGUAUUUGGUAACACUUUGUUUGGCAGUGGCAUCACGAGACUGUCAUUAGACAACCAUAAUUAUGACAUGACACUGUCAUGAGCAUUAUUGCACGCUUAUAACAGAUGUCAUUUGGUGUUAUUCGGCAAAUUAUCUCACUUUUGAAUGGAUGUAACAGAUCCAAGCUGGACACAAAUUGAGUUUGUGACAUAAUUUGCCGGAUGAUGCUUAAUGACAUAAGCAUUCAGUAAUGCCAAUGCUAGUGUCAUGUCAUAAUUAUGACGUUUUAUGACAGCCUUAUGAUGCCGCUGUCAAAUAAAGUGUUACCUAUUAACUCAAAUAAAUCAACAAAUAAGCCGCACUGGACUAUAAACCGCAGGAUUCAAAAUGAAGGAAAAAAGUAGCGGCUUAUAGUCCGGAAAUUACGGUAAAAAAUAAAUAAAAAUGUUUAUAUAUGCAUGAAUACAUGGAAACAUUAUUUUCUUUUGUAUACAGUGUGUAUAUACUGUAUAGUGUAGCUUAAACAGCAUUGGAAAGAUACAUAUAAGACAUGUUUAAGUAAUAGUUUAGGGCUGCAGCUAUCAAAUAUUUUAGUAGUCGAUUAAUCGAUGGACUAGUUGGUUUGAACAAUCGAGUAAUCAGAUAAGGAACAUGAAAAAUUAAAAUACCUGAGCUAAGCCUCAAACGGUAUAAAAUAAAAUAAAAAGAUCUAUGUACAACAAAAGAACAAUUGGCUAACUUACAUAGAAAACGUCUGCUAGCUAAAAUGCUAUAAAAUGCAAACGUUUUUUUACAAUGCUCUUAACAAAUGGUUCAGGCACAUAUUCCCACAAAAAACGGCUAAAUAUACCUAUAAACUAAAUUAUGAAUGCAUUAAAAAACAAUAGCUCAAACAAAAACUUGGCUUAUGUUGGUUUUAACAGGGAGCAGUUGGAUUCAGCCAUGUGAAAAGAGGCAGAACAGCAGUGUAUCUUUUAUCGAUAAAAUUAAAUGCAAACACUUUCAAAACAAACCAUUACAACGCAACUUUAAACGAAUACUGAAAGCAACAAAAUUUAAUUUGAAUAUUUUUUUCUAACCGAAUACUUGAGUUAAUCGAUUAAUCGUUGCAUACUAGUUUAGUACAUUUUGGAAUGUUUGAAUAAUGACACCAGUACUAAAGGAAAACUAGGGAAGCAAGAGGGUGAUUUCUGGUAUUUCAGGCCUUUAUUUUGAUGAGUUUGAAUGAUUAUGGCAGAAAAACAAAAAAAUCCAAUAUUUCACAAUUUUAAAAUUGAUCUUAACACAGAAAUGCUGGCCUUCUAAAAAGUGUUAAAAGUAAUAUGCCCGCAAUACUCUGCCGGCUGCGAGGCGUUUGGCACAAUUAUGAAGCUAUUGUUGCCUUGAUAUUGUCAUUCAGGGGUUUCUGUUCUCUCAUCUUCUUGACAAUACAGGUAGUCCCCGGUUUACGAACGAGUUCCGUUCCUGCGCUGGUGAUGUAACCCGGAUUUCCGCGUAAUUAACCCUUUAAAUACCCCAAAACACCCUCAAAAAAAAAAAAAAAAAAAAAAAAAAAAAUAUCCAAAAACAUCUUGUACCGUCCUUCCCAAGAGGUCAAGCUAAGUCCUAGCUAGACAGCGAGCUAGGCUCCGAAAUGACGGUAUCAGACGUCCGUGUGGUUUGCUGACUUUAUUCAGCUGCUUAUGACAAUAAUACUUGCCAAAUGAAACUAAGAUCAAAUCAGUCUUCAAAAACAGCCAUUCAAUUUGCAUGUUCAAGAAGCUGCUGAUACAGCAACAAUAAACGAUUAGUGUGUAUCAGUUAGCGUCUGCACAUCAUCAAAAAAAAUCACAUAAAUUCACCCCAAGUAUUCGACCCCAAUUGAAAAUGCACAAUAAACAGUACAAAAGGGCGUAGAUACAGCCGUUGCCUCUGGAUGCUUCACAAGCAACAAACGUGUGCGCAGGCUGUCAACUGUUUACUCGGAUGCUCUGAGUGUGUGCGCGUUUGUACAUGCGCUCGCUGUUUAUUCUACACUUCCUGCGCCAAAAUAAAAGCAAGAAUCACAAAAUAAAAGUCAAAAUUAAAAUAAAAUAAAAAGUGACUCAGGCGUCGUAAAGUCGAAAUCGCGUGAGCAGGGCCGGCCCAGGCCAUUUGGGGGCCCUAAGCAAAAUAAUGCCAAGGGGCCCAUAUUUUUGGCACACCAUUUCGUCACAGUGUACUGUGAAACCCAUACAUGUAAUCCAACCCAUACGUCCAUAUUUUGUGUAUUAAUCAGAUUUUGUUGCACUGCAUACUUCAAACUUAUCACCCCAAAUGAUUGUCAGUACUUACAGUAGAUAGCGCCAAACCUUUUUCUAAAAGAGGGGAAAAAAAGAAGUUAAGGAAGAACUUUUAUUUUUUAAGCUUGAAAUUAAGUAUGAAAACUCACAAAAAUCAAAUAAAGCAAACUGUGGUAAAAAAAAAAAUAGAAUAUAAAUUAAUUGCCAGAUUGGGGGCCCCCUAGUGGUCAGAGGCCCUAAGCAGCUGCAUAGUCUGCGUAUAGGCUGGGCCGGCCCUGCGCGUGAGUCGGGUCCGUCCUAACCUGGGAACUACCUGUACAAUGUAUUGGACAGGCUGUGAUUAUUUCAAUUCCCACCAGGGGGAGCCAUUGUACCACUUGUACUACUGUAGUGCCACACUGUUCUGAAAUCUGGGUUCCAAUCAGUUAUGUGUGACUCUAAUGCAUGAUAGGCAUUUUUGUUGUUGUUGUUGUUGUUGCUUGGAGUAAAUCAACAACUCCACCAAAUAUUAUAUUUUAGCACAUUGAAAUAAAAAACAAAAAAAAAAUGGUUUGUGUUUUUGUAAUCUCUAUUGUUCCAAUUAAGAAAAGUGACAAUCUCGACAAUCUAAAAGUAACACUAUUACUGCUGAUUUUCCAGUUUUUGUACAACACGAACAAAAUAAGAACUUGAAAUGACAAAUGAAAAUAAUCCAUUUGCCUGUUGCGAGUUACUGAGGCAGCUUUGCUUUUGGCCUUGACAAACACCGUUCCAGAUUUGAACAGAUCAAUAGACGGGCUGAUAGAAAUAGAGGCACUCUCCCAGGACCCGGCAGGGAGAGAAUCCGCCAAGCGUUUCACAUUCCUGCUCGGGCCCUUUGCACCCACCAGCACGUCACUCUGUAAAAUGGUAAGGCAGCUGUCCACAUCCAUCAGCUCAAAGUGCAUCUAUGAACAUUUCCAGUGCACCGCACACACAAACACACACUGAUGCAAUGGAAUUGCAGAUAAAUACAGUCGGAUAUGCACAACUUCUCUUUCCAUCCAAAUAUUUUUUGGUAAAAUAUUUUUAAGCAGCGAUAAAAUUCGACUAAUUUUCCAACCAUCUUGCACAGCAGAUGGC